AUGGAGAAGUCCAAGAACUUCAGGAUCGACGCUCUGUUAGCCGAAGAGCCUGCCCGGGCGGUGCCGAGCUCUUCUCCUCCAGUGCUGAGUCCCAACUCGAUGCCCGAGAGUUCAGCGGGGAGCCCGGGCUCCUGUAUCCGCACCGACACACCGUCUCCCCGGGGAACGGUGGGCGCCGUGUCGCUGGCUAGCGGGAUCAUCCCCAAGCCUGGUCUACUCAACCUGCAGCCCCCAGCACUUGGCUCUCUGUCCCACUCCGCUUUGCCCGCCAUGUACGGGCAUCCCGUCUACACCUAUCCGGCAUUGGGAGCCCACCACCCAGCUCUGUCGUACGGGCCUUUCCCGCAGCUCGCUCAGCCACACCCCGAGCACCUCAAGGCAGCCGCCGCCGCCGCGGGCUCUUUCCAGCUCGAUCACUGGCUCCGGGCUCAAGCCGCCGGCAUGAUGAUACCUAGGCUACCCGACUACAACAGCCAGCCUCAGUCAGGUCUGAUGGGGAAAUGUCGGCGACCACGGACGGCCUUUACCAGCCAGCAGCUCCUAGAGUUAGAGAACCAGUUCAAGCUCAACAAGUACCUCUCCAGGCCAAAGCGCUUUGAGGUCGCCACGUCCCUCAUGCUGACAGAGACCCAGGUGAAGAUUUGGUUCCAGAACCGACGGAUGAAAUGGAAGCGGAGUCGGAAAGCCAAGGAACAGGCAGCUCAGGAGGCCGAGAAACAGCGAGGUGGCAAGUACUUGGAGAAAGCAGUUGGGGGCGAAAGCAGAUCAGAGCCAGAAGGUGUGGAUUUCAGCACCCACACCACAACGUUUCUCCAGUGCAACACAGAACUGGGCUACACGUCAAACAGUUCCUGCUCAGAAGAUGAAAUGACCCGGAAGGAAGUGAAAAUUGCCCCAGCUUUGUGA